UGACGUCAUACAAUUACCAACCGGUUGAAGCAAAGCGAUUGGUCCGGUAACGUAAGUGUUUGCUCUUCAAAACACGCCUCAUCUUUACCUUUUCAUCCAUUUUACGUCAAAAGAGUGACUAAAAUGAAACAAAUCGUGACAAACCAAACAGUAAAAAUCCCAGAGGGAUUGACCGUUAGCGCCAAAUCGCGCUUGGUUACGGUAAAAGGACCCAGAGGAACCCUUAAAAGAUCUUUCAAACAUCUGGCUUUGGACAUUCACAUGGUCAAUCCCAGAUUAUUAAAAGUAGAAAAAUGGUUCGGUACUAAGAAAGAAUUGGCCGCCGUCCGAACAGUAUGCUCUCACGUCGAGAAUAUGUUAAAAGGGGUUACGAAAGGAUACCAAUAUAAAAUGAGAGCCGUGUAUCUCCAUUUCCCCAUCAACUGUGUUACUACCGAAAAUAAUUCUAUUAUUGAAAUUAGGAACUUCUUGGGAGAAAAGUUCAUCAGGAGAAUAAAAAUGGCACCAGGUGUGACUGUAACAAAUUCCCAAAAACAAAAGGAUGAACUUGUAAUCGAAGGAAAUUCAUUAGAAGACGUUUCGAGAUCAGCAGCCCUCAUCCAACAAUCCACAACAGUUAAAAAUAAGGAUAUUAGAAUGUUUUUGGACGGACUUUACGUUUCCGAAAAAACAACAGUUGUACAAGAAUAAUAACUUGUAUAUAUUUGAUAAUAAACUUAUUUAAAACGUUUUUUUGAAAUAUUUAAUAAAAUAAAAAUCUUUCAUUUAAUUAAAAAGACAAAAAUAUAUUUUAUAUACAGUGUGUUUAUUUAAAUCAGAACUAUAUGGAAAACUUGUAAACUUUUAUGAAAAAAAGUUACACUACGCUCUUACCACAAUUAUCUCUUCCUUUAAAAUUACCCCUUUUUGUUCACAUUAUUUAUGACCUCUACGUACAAAAUUUUUACCAAAAAUAUGCACCAUUGUCCAGAAUUGCCCCAUUUUUUGUCCAAGUUCGUCAUAGAAAUCAAAUUUGGAAAAUAUUUAGAAGUACACAAGGAAAAUCAAAGAAGUUUUUUAAAAAUGGCCAAAGUUAUCUAAAAAAAUAAAGUUUCGUUAUUUACAAAGUAAUUUAAAGAAAGAGCUGUGUAGUGUUGCCAACCUUGAAGUAAGAUUUUUCCCUCUACUUACCUUAAAAAUUUUAUGAAAAAAAUCCCACCCGUUUAGGGAUGUGCCACCUUUAAAUUCCUCAAAACCCGGACCUUUGUUUCUGAAAAAAAGUUGCUUAUAAUUAGG